UUCAUCACGAUUGCACAAUUUUACGAAGCGCCGUCAACAAAUUCGGGCAAAUUUUAAAAAUUCAAAAUUGAAUUAGAAACAACUUCCUCUUUAAAUCAUCAGAUAAAAUGAGCAUGUCUAUAUCACCAGAUCCUUUUGGACACCAUGCAUCUGAACCAAUGACAAUGGGAACACCAACAAGUCCUACGAGCCCCGGUCACACAUCUCAAUAUCUACCCAGUUACCUUCUUGGUGAUUCCAUGUCUCAUGCGGUAUCUCCGGUAUCAUCCAGAUUAUGGUCUGGUGCUGGUGGAAGUCCGCCUAGGUCAUCACAUCGUGCCAGUUCUUUAACUUCACCAAAUUAUAAUAUGUCAGCAAAUCAACAGUACACACCAAGUAUGAGAGGGAAAGAUAAAGCAGGUGCACCACCAAUUAGAAGUCUCCUUCAGAGUACAAGCCCUGCCCACCCUGGAGCUAGCAGUCCAUUUGCCACACCUACUCAGUACCCAUCCAGAACUUCAGGAUUGUCAACCCCAGCACCACCAACAAGUGGUCUAAACCACAGUUUACAUGAGACAAUGUAUGCUACACCAGAACAAUCAGGAAUGAAUGUAUCCAGGUUACCAGCUUCACCUGCACAACUUGAUCCAUUCUAUACACAAGGGGAGUCUCUCACAACAGAUGAUGUACUAGAUGAGACUUGGAUAACAGUAUUUGGUUUCCCGCCUCCUGCCGCCUCUUAUGUAUUACAGCAAUUCUCGCAAUAUGGAAAUAUACUUAAACAUGUGAUAACAACAGAAGGUAACUGGAUGCACAUACAUUAUCAAUCAAAAAUACAAGCCAAGAAAGCAUUAAGUAAAAACGGUAAAAUUCUCGGUAACAACAUAAUGGUUGGUGUGUCCCAUUGUAUAGAUAAGAAAGUAAUGGAUGGCGAGAAGGAGAAUGAUUCUAUGAACACAUCAGUGUUCAGUACACCAAACAAUCAGUUUACAUCUACACAAAGUGGACAACUCAGAAAUACUCCUAUACGACCCCUAACAUCUGCAUACAUUGCUGCAAAAAGUGAAAAUGAGGUUGUACAAAAUAGUCAAGCACCUAAAAAGAAUACUGGAGUGAUUAGCAAAGCAAUGGAAUACAUGUUCGGAUGGUAGCAUAGUGUCACGUUUAGGAUACUUUUAUAUAUUGAAAUAAUUAUAGAUAUGAUGACUGGGUGUACAGAUGGUAGUGUAAUAAAACAUGAUAGACAACUAAAGUCACAGCUUGCAAACAUGGAAUUGAAACUAUCUAAUAUCAUGAUCUUUAACUUAUCUUAUUCAUGCUAAAUGAAAUAUUCUCAAAGUUGCCAUGUAUGAACCUUAAGUCUUUUCUUUUCAUAUUCAGCAUAAUUUUUACACAAAAUACACACAUUGUAACAAUUUGGAUGCAUAUUAUUCCGUUAUGAAGGCACAUGAAAAAAAACAAAACAUUUUAAUGUUGUUUUUUUUUUCAUUUUAUUUUCAUUUUUGAAACAGAUGAUUUUUAAUUUUUAUUAAUGAAUUGACUUGCUAUGUAUAUUAUUUUGUUGAUCAACAUAAAUUAAAGAAUGUUUCCAAUCAAACUAAAACAUGGUUUCAAUGGUUCCGAUAUUGAAAACUAUUCAAUCUUUGUCUGUAUUGUCUUGGCACUCUUGGUAAAAAUAUUGUACACUUGUUAUGAUAAAGAAAGGCAAUUUAGAAACUACUGGUAAAUAUGGAAGUAGAAAAUGAUGUCUGCGUCAAAGCCUUAGCAAAGAAAAAACUGAUAAUUUUAUUUAGCACAACUGCAUUGCAAACAAUAGUGGUAUGGAAGUGCUUUAAGUACCACUAACAUUAGAGAAAGUCUGAAUCAAUUUUUGAAAAUCAUAAAGAAUGGAAACUAAAUACAUGUGAAAUGUGUGACAUGUUAGAGAUUUAAGGCUUUAAAGUUUCUGGGUAAAUGAUGGGGAAUACAUGUGAACACUCCCACUUUUAGCGGGAGACUUUCACUUUCUGCAGCCAUAUUUUCAAAGAUUUUUCUUAAAAUAAGGGGUAUUUUCACAAAUUUAAGAAAUCUCCCUAUUUUUGAUGUCAGAACUUCCUUCUUUGUUUAUUGCAAAUUCUAAAAUCUCCCUCUUUUUGAAGUAAAAUCUCUCACUUGAUCAUCAAAAAAAAAAUGUAUGGAUGGGGGACUUUUUGAUAUUAAAACAAAGCAAUUUAUUGUACAUCAUUUGAAAUAUUAUUUCUGUUAUAAUGUAUUUUGUUUUUAAAAUUAACAUAGUUGUAUAGAUGUUGUUGUAAAUUAAAUGGGACCAUGACAAGGUUGUAAAUUGUACUAACAACAUUUCCUAUUUUCCAUCACUUACCCAAAUGUAUUAAAACAAAGGCUGAAUAUUCACUUUUUUUCCACAUGAUUAUAAACAAAUGUUUUACACAAAUGAGGGAUAUGUAAAUCUAGAACAGCCAUAGCCUUUUAAAUUAGAGGAGAAUUAUUGCUAAAAUGGGCCAUUUGGGAAAGUAAAAAGUUAAAUAUUUGGGAAAACUGCAUGAUUUUAAAGAAAAUUUCUAUUUGGAAAAGGUCUUUAAUAUGCCUCUGUUAAAUAAGGUGAUAGACCCUUUGUUGUUUGGCCUGUUUGAAAGAAGAACAAGUUCAUUUAAGAUAUUUAGCAGGGGUAUUAUUAAAGGGUGAAAAACUAUAUUUGAGUUGAAAUCAUUUCACCUUAAAAAUGAAAAUUUAGUAGC